GGGCCGUUCCCGGCGGACGCGAUGGCGCGGAUCACGCUGGAGGACCUGGAGGGGCUGGGCGAGGAGCCCGAGGACGGCGGCGACAGCGAGGACGACCAGGAGGAGCAGGGCCGGCUGUUCGCGCACUGGGAGGCCGUGGCCAGCACGCACCGAGUGAGCCUGCCCCGAGACAUGGCAGGCCCGAUCGCCCAGAUGGCCCGGCACAGCCAGGCUCGCGAGCCUGUGCCGUACGUGUCCCUCUCGCAGCACGGGAAGUGCGAGGAAGCAGCCUAUGAGGAGCGGCAGUACCCAGCUGGGAAGUGGGCGUGUGUCACCAAGGGGGAGCCCAUGUAUGAGCAGAGCAUCUCCAUGAGCUUCAUGAAGCUCAUGCGCUACAUCUGCAAAGAGAACUCUGUAGGUUGCUAUCUGGGCAUGACAGUCCCAGUGCUCAAUGAAAUCCACCUGACCAAAGAUGAGACCGAGCUGGAGCGUGAGGUCGUAACUGCUUAUUAUCUCCCAGCAGAGUUCCAGCAAAACCCUCCUGUUCCCAUGGACCCUGAAAUCCACAUCACUGAGAGGGCACCGCUCCGGGUUAUAACCAGGGUUUUCUAUGGGAUGACCACUGAAGAGACAAUUCUGCGGGAGAUCAGUCUCUUCUGGGAGCUCUUGGGCUCCACAGACACUGUGCUCCGGGAAACCUACAUUGUGGCUUCUUAUGAAAAUCCCAGCAUCCCUCAGCGCCGCAAUGAGAUCUGGUUCAUCUGCCGAGCAGAGUGAGUCCCCUCUGUGACCACAAACCGUCCCGUGACUGGACCUGGUGCAGAUGGCAGUUCUGACCCAAAGCAGAUGGAGCACGUCCUGACAAAAUGACAGACCAAGAGACUGUGGGGUGGGUUUGCAGCCUGCCCUGCAAGGGUCCUGCCAGGAGACAUCCUGCCUGGUCUGCACUUCACCUGCCCCACAGGGGCCAGCUGAGGCUGGAGCUGGCACCAGGGACAAUCUCUGCAGCAAGCUCCUGGUGGGAAGCGUGCGGUGGGGGCUCGUUAAGGUAGUGACCAUGGGGGCUUGUGCAAUGUGCUAGCCUGACCUGUGCUCCUCUCAGCUCUGAGCUGGGCUUGCAGAGCUGUGCCAGGCAUGCUAGUGGGGCUUGUGAUUGGCAGAAUCACAAGCUGAUGGUGUCUAGAAGGCAAAUGAAUGUGUAUAAGGUGUGGGGCUCUAUAUGGCCUCUGGCCUGCUUCCUGUGAGAAUGGCUUCCUAUCCCGAACAGAGUCACUGAAACGCUGCUACAGGGACAGUGGGGUUUGAAGGGGGAAAGGGCUUGAAUUCAGGUGCAAAUCCUCAAUGUUUCCUGCUGGGGUGGCUCUCUUUGGACUGUUGGAUGCCUCCCUGGCUGUCACUCAACAGUCGUCAGCCAGGACUGGGGCGUUGGCAGCCUUUGUCCAUCUGUUGUGGGUGCUCUUUUGCAGACCUGCUGCAAGCUGAGAGGGACAGGUCCUGACAGCAGCAGCUGUGGCACCACUGUGUGUUGUGCAUUGAUCAGUAAGUUUCACAUCCGUGAACACCGUCAUGCUUUCCUGGGGGAAGCUGGCAAUGCCAACAGUAAAUAAACCCAGCUCAAACCA